AGUAGUUUACUAUGAGUCAAUGAUAGCUUAUUUAGUUACAUAAUCAACUCUGUGUAGUAUAAUUUUUACAUUUGAACAUCUACCAUUUUCCAAACGUAUCAAAAGAUGAUGAGAAACAAAUCUGCAUCUCUACAUUUUAUGAAUUUCUCAAGAUCUAUUAUCUAUGUUAGGCAAUUAUGUUCACAAGCCCUGUUAGCUGAAGCUCAGCACUAUGUUACGAGGAGGAAAAACUUGAGUGUCUCCAUAGAAGAGAACAUGAAGACAAUGCAACAGCAGCAAUUUUCAUUGCAGACUAACAAGAUCAGCAUAUACCGCGUCCCAGCAAAGUUGCGCAAGAUCGAUCCAAAAGCUUACGAGCCUCACUUUAUAUCUAUCGGUCCCUAUCAUCAUGGCAUAGCUAACUUGCAGGCUUCAGAGAAGCUCAAGUGGCUCUCUCUAAACCGGCUUGUUGGCUUAAGCGAGGGACUGAGGGUUGAAGAACUUGAUAAAUUGGUGACAGUUUUAGAAGCUGUAGAGCAAGAAGCUCGGAAAUGUUACUCAGAAGAUGUGAAAUUAAGCAGAGAUGAGUUUGUAAAAAUGAUGCUCCUUGAUGGGUGCUUCAUUGUUGAGCUCUUUAGAGAGCUUGAAGAAAACAACUUCGCUUCUUCAUCCCUCUUGUCCAAGAGAUGGAUGUUGCCUGUUGUUCGUCGUGACCUUAUAACUCUUGAAAAUCAACUCCCGUUGAUAGUCCUCAAGAAAAUUUUUGAUGUAAUAACAAUAACAAAAUCACCAUCGAGGGGGGCUAAUACCCCCUUAGAAGAACUUGCUCUCGAUUUCUUUGACCCUUUGAUGCCUCGAGAAAAGAAUCUACGGAAACCCAUCAAUGGUUAUGAUCAGAACUUUCAGCACCUGCUUGAUGUCUUCCACUCUAGUAUCACUCAUGGAGAAGUGGAGCGAAGGAAAGAACCUCACAUGUACCGCUCUGUAACAGAGCUAAAAGAGGCUGGCAUCAAGGUACGCGUUCUUAGGAACACUCAGCCUCUCGAGCUGAGAUUCGAGAGAGGCAAGUUAAGGAUACCGAGCUUACUGAUAGACAAUCACACUGGUAGCUUCUUCAGGAAUAUUGUGGCCUACGAGCAAUGCCACCACGAUUGCAAACCAGAUAUGACAGCAUAUCUAUUUUUCUUAGACAAGCUCAUUAACUCGACUGAAGAUGUAGGACUUCUUCACUAUGAAGGAGUGAUACAACACUCACUAGGUAGCAACAAACAAGUGGCUAAGCUUGUUAACAAUCUUUGCCUAGAAGUGGAGUAUGAUGGUCAAGAAUCUUAUUUGUGUGAGGUAGUAGAAUGUCUUAAUUCUUACUCAGCUCGUUGGUUGAUUAAGGCUAAGACUAGACUUAAACAUGACUACUUUACUAACUUGUGGGUCGGUCUAUCGACGUUAGUUGCUCUUUUGUUGCUCUACCUCACCCUUCUGCAGACGAGCUGCGAUGCAAUUGAGGCUCAGGAGAAGGAAACCAAGGAGAAAAAGGGGUCGUGGGUCGGGCUGAACAUGUUCCUGCUUAACCCUUUUGAGGGAUGUAAGAAGCUAAUGAGCUCUGCUUCAAGAUGCAUUAAUAGAGUGAUUAACCCUGCAGACCCUUCACCUGAUAGCCCUCUGUAGUGCAUUUGAUGAUUUGAAUGUGUUGGUUAUUGUCUUCAAGCUUAAAUGUGCCUAUAUUAAUACAACUUUUUUUAAGGUAUA